AUGGCUCAUUCAAAUGUUCAACCAGUCUAUGCUGCUCCGCCUGUUAUGGUAGAGCAAGUACAGCAGCAACCGCCAGUAGCGUAUUGUGCUCAGCCCACACCAGUCUACUAUUCUCCUAAUAGAAUGUCGGUCGUUAAUACCCCAAAUGUUGUCCCAGUAGCACAGUAUGGACCUUAUCCCAGAAGUUUUUGCGAGCCCCCGGACUGUUGCUGUUUUAGAGGGCAACUUUGUAAAAAGAAAACUAUUAGCCGUACAACUUUACCCAAUCCAAAUACAGUGCGGCUGAAAACGAUUAGAGUUUAUAGGAUCUUGGUAUUUUUGAAUUCUGUUAUCACCAAGCUGUUCUUUUUACUAUCCUUAAACUCUUUACGAUUUGGGCCAAUUACAACUCCAUUCUCUCUGAUUUUUCAUUAUGUACAGAAGACAAUUCUUGAUCAUUUUUCUUUUGCUAGUUCUCCAGAAUUCAUGACACUUACACCUAAUACUUACCGUUGGAUUUGGUCUUAA